AUGGAAACAGCAACAAGAAGUAAAAUCAGAUGUGAACAUGGGCAUAAUUCAGAGAUCCUGCUCGGGAAGGGACUGCAGGAGAGCGCACCGGGGAUCCUGGGCCCUGAGCACAGAGGGGAUCCCUACACCAAAGAGACGCUGCAAAGGAUUGUCUCUACUCUAGCAAACAAAAAUGAUGAAAUUCACAACUUUAUAGACAUGCUGAACCAUACAAUAAAAAAUGUUCAGGAAAACUCUUCUAAUGUUAUCUCCGAGUUGGAUGAAGAAUUUGAUGGUCUGUAUUCCAUAUUGGAUGAAAUGAAAGGUACUAUGACCAACACUAUUCAACAGGAAGAGGCCCGUAAAAUUCAAGCUCUACAGAAUCAACUUAGUCAGUGUAGUAGUGCGCUGGAGAGUUCUGAAGAACUGCUAGAACUUGCUGCACAGUCUCUGGACAUAAAGGACCCUGUGGAAUUCUCAAAGGCUUCCAGACAGAUCAAAGAUAGGGUUACAAUGGCUUCAGCAUUCCGUAUUUCUCUGAAACCAAAGGUCAGUGAUAGCAUGACUCAUCUAAUGGUGGACUUCUCCCUGGAAAGGCGGAUGCUGCAAGCUGUAAAGUUUUUGCCAGUCCCUAAAGCUCCAGAGAUAGAUCUUGCUGCAUGUCUGGUUGCUGAUAACUGUGUAACAGUAUCAUGGAGAAUGCCUGAAGAAGACAAUAGAAUUGAUCACUUUGUACUGGAGUACAGGAAAACCAACUUUGAUGGGCUUCCUCGAGUAAAAGAUGAACAGUGUUGGGAGCUAAUAGACUAUAUUAAGGCUUCUGAGUACACAUUGUCGGGCCUGAAAUUUGAUACAAAGUAUAUGAACUUUAGAGUACAAGCUUGCAACAAGGCUGUGGCAGGGGAAUACUCUGAUCCAGUGACUCUGGAGACCAAAGCAUUUGUGUUCAAUUUGGACAAUACUUCAUCUCAUCUGAACUUGAAAGUUGAAGACACUUACGUUGAAUGGGAUCCUACUGGAGGUAAAGGCCAAGAAAAAAUAAAAGGAAAGGAGAAUAAAGGCAGUGGCCACAAUCCUGUACUGAAGAGCAGUAAAAGAAGUGGUACACCGUCUCCAAAGAGGACAUCUUUUAGUCCAAGGUCCUUAAUGAGGGGCAGCAGAGAUCGUUUUACUGGUGAAUCAUACACAGUGUUGGGAGACACUGCUAUUGAAAGUGGACAGCAUUACUGGGAGGUUAGAGCCCAGAAGGACUGCAAAUCCUACAGCGUGGGAGUAGCAUAUAAAAACCUGGGAAAAUUUGACCAGCUGGGAAAGACUAAUUCAAGCUGGUGCAUCCAUAUCAACAACUGGCUGCAAACCACAUUUUCAGCAAAACAUAAUAAUAAAGCCAGGACUUUAGAUAUACCUGUUCCAGACAGAAUAGGAGUAUACUGUGACUUUGAUGGAGGUCAACUCACAUUUUAUAAUGCAAACUCAAAGCAACUGUUGUAUACAUUCAGAACAAAAUUUACUCAACCAUUACUACCAGGCUUCAUGGUCUGGUGUGGUGGACUUAUAUUGAGUACUGGGCUGCAGGUGCCAAGUGCUGUGAAAACGCUUCAGAAAAGUGAAAAUGGAUUGAGUGGUUCAGUUGGCAGUCUAAACAAUGUUACUCAAUAACCUGUCCAUUUAAACAGUUCUAUUGCUGAUUGUUUGUUCUGUAUAGUUGCUACUCACAGAAGCUCGUGAGGCUUGGAUUAACCUGGCUUUGCUACCCACUGCUGUUUUAAGGCCUGGGUACUACUAGUGCGAAUGUUUUUGACUAAAGUGUUAGGAAGAACUUGCUGUGAAUCCAUGGAGCCAAACAGAAAAAUACUGUUAUGUAUUUGGAAAACAGAUGGGGAAAUCAAGAUCUGUAGCUAUGUACUUUUCUAAUACUGCACUUGUAUUUUGUUAUGGACUUGGAAUAUUGUGUUAUAAAUUUUAUUUUUCUAUGAGGAAUAUGACAAAUGCUAUUUUCUUAGCUGUCCUAACAUGCAACACCUGACAGUUUUUUAUUGUUACUGAGCUUCCACAUAGAACUUGAUAUGACAAACACAUUUCAGAAGAAUACAUUAAUUCAUGUAAGAGGU